AUGGCCCAAGACAUGCUGACGGCCCUGAGAGACGCAUCAACCCACCGCCGCUGGCCCAAGAAAUGGCGAAAGGAACUUCGCGUAGCAAUGGCAGACUGCUCUGUCAUUGGGAAUCGCAUAUACUACCGCGAGAAGCUCUUCAUACCACCCAACGAUCAGGAACUAAAGACCCAGGUUAUUUACCCCUCUGUCUUUAUCAGCCGAGUCUAUUGCCUCCAUGGCACACCCGACAAUGUCAUCUCCGACCGCGGUUCCCAAUUCAUCUCCGAGUUCUGGCGCCAAGUCUCCGACCGCCUAGGAGUUCGACUCCGCCAUUCUUCCGCCUUCCACCCAGAGACAGACGGACAAACGGAACGGAUCAACGCAGGCAUCGAACAAUAUCUGAGAGCAUUCAUGAACUUCCACCAAGACGACUGGGUCGACUGGCUCCCUCUUGCCGAGUUCGCCACGAACAACGUUACAUCUGAGACCACGGGAGUAUCACCAUUCUUCGCUAACUAUGGGUUUCACCCCAAACUCGGCACUGAACCAACCAAGCCACUGCCGCCAAACCAGUCCGCAGCCCAACGACGAGAGUUCCUCAAAGCAAACAACAUCGCCGACCGCUUUGAGCGUAUUAUCACUCAGCUGAAAGCCCUUGCAACCCAAGCCGCCAGACGCUACGAGGAGAACGCCAACCUCAAUCGAGAAGAUGCUCCUCAGUACGCCGAAGGUCAAGAAGUCUACGUAAGCACGAAGAAUAUGAAGACAAACCGGCCGAUGAAGAAAGGAGACGACAAGUGGGCAGGACCAUUCCCAAUUCUGAAAGUCUACCCUCGUUCAUGCUUGCUUAAACUCCCCGAGGGAAUGAAGAUCUUUCCCGUGUUCCACAACUCGCUCCUACGACCGAAACCAGAAGCAAAUGGUCUACCCGGCCAAGACGUUAUCAACGAGGCCGAGUCAAAAAACAUCCGAGGACGAGUCCUAGAACGCGAUGACGAGACAGGAGAACUAGUCGAAAAUGGCUAUUUGACGGGCUACUAA